AUUGAAUAAUAAUAAUAAUAAUAAUAUCGCCAAUAACCCUCUGCAGCUUCUGUUAGUUACAUCAUGUUUCUAUAUUUUAUCACCAUAUAUUACCAUAUAGUUAUACAUCGAAAGGCUGCCAAGCUGGAUAGCAUCGGCGCGAUUGACCCCGCGCGCGCCAUGUAAUCAGAAUACUGGGCAAGUGACUCAAGAAUGGCAAAAAUGCUGUCUCUACUCUGAACCUCGCCCCCUCCCAUCCAUUCAUUCAUUUAUUCAUUCAUUGCGCCCAGAUCCAGACCAGGCCCUUAUUGUUGCGACUUGAUCAACUGCGGAUACCUAUUCUUGCUUCUAAUUCCUUUUUCUUUUUUCCCUUUUACUUAUAUUUCUCCGCCCUUGCCUUCACGAUGAGUCCUCCCGCUCCGCUCGACAUUGAUGUGAAGGCCGACUCUGAUACGACCACCGUGGUCGUGCCCGAUCCGCUCACCGUCACGGGCGUCGCGGCAUGGAGAUUGCAGGCCGCCAAGGUGCCUACAGGGACGGCCGCUGCGGCCAGCAGUGAUAUGUUCAAGAGUCCUGGUUGCUACAAGAAGCCAAAGGCGAAGAAAUGGGAUCACUUGCUUUCCGAGGAGGCCAAGCUGAAGCAGCCUUCGACUCUCAAAGGCGCUGCGAAGUACCUUAAGAAGCCGGGAAUGAUCUCUCUGGGAGGAGGUCUUCCUUCGGCUGAACAUUUCCCGAUAGAACAUAUCGAGAUCAAAGUUCCGACGCCGCCGCACUUUUCGGAGGAGGAGACUCGGACGACUGGAUCGAUUGCCCAUGCUGGAAAGCACGAUGUUCGGGAGGGAAAGAGUGUAUAUGAUCUGGAGGUCGCUCUCAACUAUGGUCAGGCCAUCGGGUCCGGUCCGAUGCUGCGUUUUGUGACGGAGCACACUGAGAUCGUGCACAACCCACCAUAUGCCGACUGGCAAUGCUGUAUGACGCCGGGAAGCACGGCUUCCUGGGAUGCGGCGUUGAGGAUUUUAUGUGAGAAAGGUGACUACAUUCUCAUGGAGGAAUACACCUUUUCAAGCGCUCUCGAGACGGCUCUACCGCAUGGCAUCAAAGCAGUGGGUGUCAAGAUGGACGAGGAAGGUCUUCUUCCGGAAUCUCUGGACGAGAUAUUGACGAACUGGGACGAGAAGGCCAGAGGCGCUCGCAGACCGCAUCUCCUCUAUACCGUGCCAUCGGGACAGAACCCAACUGGCGCUACUCAGUCUCUCGAGCGGCGCAAGGCUGUGUACAAGGUUGCGCAGAAGCACGAUGUUUACAUCGUCGAGGAUGAGCCUUACUACUUCCUCCAGAUGCAGCCGUACACGGGAGCAGACGGACCUGAGGUGCCUCCGCCAGCUACCCACGAGGACUUCCUCAAGGCUCUGAUUCCGUCGUUCCUGAGCCUGGACGUCGACGGACGUGUCCUGCGUUUCGAAUCCUUCUCGAAGGUCAUCGCUCCUGGUUCCAGAGUUGGCUGGAUUGUUGCCUCUGAGCAGGUCGUGGAGAGAUUCGUGAGACACUUUGAGACCUCUACCCAGAAUCCCAGCGGUAUUUCCCAAAUCGUCCUGUUCAAGCUGCUGGAGGAGCAAUGGGGACACGGCGGCUACCUCGACUGGCUGAUCGACCUUCGCAUGCAAUAUACCAAGCGCAGAAACGCCAUGUUGCACGCUUGUGAGCAAUAUCUCCCCAAAGAAAUUGCUAGCUGGAUCGCCCCGGCGGCAGGCAUGUUUCACUGGGUCGAGGUAGACUGGCGCAAGCACCCUGGACUCACAACGGAAGCAUCGCACUCUGAUAUCGAGGAGUCCAUCUUCCAGGCCGCCAUUGACAGGGGUGUCCUCGUCUCUCGCGGCAGCUGGUUCAAGGCCGACCGCAGCGCCGCCGAGGAGAGGAUGUUUUUCCGCUCCACCUUCGCAGCUGCGCCUGCGGAUAAGAUCACCGAAGCGAUCAAGCGAUUCGGUGAUGCGCUUAGAGCUGAAUUCGGACUGUAGAUGGCGGUUUCGUGUACAUACUCACAUUCAUAAUCGUCUAGUUAUUGCUGCAUGGCAUAAAAGCGACAUGUGGUUUGAACUUUGCAUUAAGGAAUACGAUAGAGGCUUCAUUAUUAAUGCUACACGAGGUUUCUAGUUCUAAGCAGGUAGUUCUCUCAAAUAGAAUAAUAGUUACGACAACGAAUCAAAUCGUUCUCUGUAUAUAUCAGUCAUUCCUUGCCCCUCGAGAUCGCAUCAUCCAUCUCGGAAGGCGAUGUUUCUCCGAACUCCGAAACAGC